GGCCGCGUCUGUUCCCAACCUCGCUGUGGAUCACACCCACCUACGACAGGAGCCCCGUAUCCUUUCGUUGCGACAGUGCUUGCCCCCGCAGGUGGUAACCUGAGACCCCGAGCCCGGCACCGGAGGGCGAGAUGAACGCUCUGGCCUCCCGAGUCGUCCAGAUCUGCGAUCGCUGGUGGCAACCCGAGCCGGCCCUCCUGCCCCCAGGGUGAGGCGCAGCCCUGAGUCGCCCAGACAGAUGGCCCCAGGCCAAGUGCCCCAUCAUUGUGCCUCCUGGAGGGAAACCUACCCCUUUUUCCUCCUGUCCCCACUGAUGGGCCUUCUCAGCAGGGCCUGGAGCCACCUGAGGGGCCCAGGACCUCCAGAACCCUGGCUGUUGGAAGCAGUAACCGAAGCUGAUCAGGGAGAAGCUGGCCUGGGGGGAGAAACCAAGACAUUUCCGGCCACCUGCCAUGCCCCCUGGGUCAGGCACUUUCAAGGGGAGACUGGAGACAGUGGAGCAGCUGAGGAGGAUGGAGAAGCAUUCUGGGAGGCCUGCCAUGAUUUAAAAGCCAACCGUUCUCCUCUUAAAGCCUGGGAACUUUCAGAAGUUGAUGACGAAGAAUAUGCUGGGGACCAAGCAGCCAGUUUCCCUAAAGAGCAAGGAGGUGAAUUUAGAAAUGGCCAGCCUGCUCCCCUGUCCCCCAGCCUUCUAAGAACCCUGCAAGAACCUCGUGGAGAGGAGCCAUCUGUGGAAGGAGUUGCUGCUGAAGAUGAAAUGGUCACGUUCUUCUCUUUUCCUCCAUCACUCUGGGAGUGUGGUGCAGGGGAGGAGGAGGAGGAGGAAGGAGCUGUACACAAAGAAGCUGCCAGAACACCUACUGCCCCUUUAUCUCCGGGAUCCAAGCCCAAAGCUCAGGUGUACUGUGCUGGAGAAGAAGGGGUUCAAGUCACAGAGGAAGAAAGAACAGAGAACAGAGAAGUCAGAAAGAGCUGUGUUUCCCCCUCAUCUUCAGGCUUUCACACUGGGGCCUGGGAGUGGUGUUCAGGAGAGGACACAGAGGAAGAAGAUGAGAACAGUGAUACAGGACCAGCUGAGGAGGAGGGAGAAGCUGAGGGUCCCUCUUCCAUCCCACCCACAAGUGCCCUCGUGAGGGCCUGGGUGUAUCGACCAGGAGAGGACACAGAGGAAGAAGAUGAAGACAGUGAUACAGGACCAGCUGAGGAGGAGGAGGAAGCUGAGGGUCCUUCUUCCAUCCCAUCCACAAGUGCCCUCAUGAGGGCCUGGGUUUAUCGACCAGGAGAGGACACAGAGGAAGAAGAUGAAGACAGUGAUACAGGACCAGCUGAGGAGGAGGAGGAAGCUGAGGGUCCUUCUUCCAUCCCAUCCACAAGUGCCCUCGUGAGGGCCUGGGUGUAUCGACCAGGAGAGGACACAGAGGAAGAAGAUGAGGACAGUGAUACGGGACCAGCUGAGGAGGAGGGAGAAGCUGAAGGUCCCUCUUCCAUCCCACCCACAAGUGCCCUCGUGAGGGCCUGGGUGUAUCGACCAGGAGAGGACACAGAGGAAGAAGAUGAAGACAGUGAUACAGGACCAGCUGAGGAGGAGGAGGAAGCUGAGGGUCCUUCUUCCAUCCCAUCCACAAGUGCCCUCAUGAGGGCCUGGGUUUAUCGACCAGGAGAGGACACAGAGGAAGAAGAUGAAGACAGUGAUACAGGACCAGCUGAGGAGGAGGAGGAAGCUGAGGGUCCUUCUUCCAUCCCAUCCACAAGUGCCCUCGUGAGGGCCUGGGUGUAUCGACCAGGAGAGGACACAGAGGAAGAAGAUGAGGACAGUGAUACGGGACCAGCUGAGGAGGAGGGAGAAGCUGAAGGUCCCUCUUCCAUCCCACCCACAAGUGCCCUCGUGAGGGCCUGGGUGUAUCGACCAGGAGAGGACACAGAGGAAGAAGAUGAAGACAGUGAUACAGGACCAGCCAAGGAGGAGGGAGAAGCUGAGGCCACAGAUACCUUCUCAAGGGCCUGGGUAUAUAGACCAGGAGAGGACACAGAGCAGGAAGAGGAUUCAGAAGCAGCUCACUCUGAGCCAAGUCCCUCCCUUCAAGCUCAGAGCACCCUCCACAGGGGCUGGACAUACCGGCCUAGGGAGGAGGACACGGGGGCAGGGGCAGUUGCUGAGGAGCGGGGAGAAGCUGAGCCCUGCCCCUUCCGAGUGGCCAUCUAUUUACCUGGAGAGAAGCUACCACCUCCGUGGGCUCAUCCUCAGCUGCCCCUCCGACUGCGGAGGCGACUCAAGCCCACAGAAACCCCCACCCGGCAUCCAGACCCUGAAACGUCCCUACAGUCUCGAAAGGUUCGCUUCUCUGAGAAGGUCUCUGUCCAUCUCCUGGCUGUCUGGGCAGGACCAGCCCAGGCCGCCCGCCGGGGACCCUGGGAGCAGCUCGCCCGGGAUCGCAGUCGCUUCGCCCGGAGGAUUGCCCAGGCCCAGGAGCAGCUGGGCCCCUGUCUCACCCCUGCCGCCCGGGCCAGGGCCUGGGCCCGCUGCGGGAAUCCUACUUCCCUUCUGGCCGCCACACCUGCUGCCCCCCAGAUCUCACCACUGUCCUCCAUCCAGGCCACACCCUUGAGCCAAGUUGGGGCAUCUCCCCCCACUCCUGUGUCCCCUUCUCCUUGCCUGGACCUCAGUGGGAGGCGUGGCUAAGAUCACGGAGUUCUAUGUUUCUAUUAGUUAUUUAUUUUUUUGUGUCAUUUUAUAAUAAAAAAUAAAACUUGCUGAUUUGUAA